AUGCCACAACGAAGAGCUUCACGCGGGAAUCGAUGUGGUGCACUGGCGGAUGACACGUGGAAGAUAUCAACAUCUAGCACCGCCAUCGAAAAUGGCUACAGAAAAUCGUCUUCGAUUCUUUGGUCAUAUAAUAAGGAGACUAGCAGAUCGCCUUGUUCGACGAGUUUUGAGGAGUCUGUCGGAUUCAAGCUGGAAGAGGCCACUUGGCCGAAAGCGGAAGCUCUAGACUGA